AUGGACAAGGUCCAGUUGAUCAGACAAAGAUUGCUUGCAGCUCAAAGUAGACAAAAGUCUUAUGCUGAUAAGAGAAGAAGAGAUUUAGUGUUCACAAUUGGGGACAAAGUGUUGCUACGAGUCUCCCCUUUGAAAGGUGUGAUGCGGUUUGGGAAAAGAGUGUUUCACGUCUCAAUGCUAAGAAAAUGUAUAUCAGACUCAUCUCAGGUGAUUGAAGCACCGACUAUACCACUCGAUGAGAAGUUGUCUUACGAGGAGAAGCCAAUGGCUAUUGUUGAUAGACAAAUAAUAAAACUACGGUAA